AUGUCGAACUUUCUACUCGUACUAUUCGAUCGUUACGCUGAACUGCUUAAGCAGCGGUUCUCUGAAGACUUCGUCGAGAUAGUAUCAACGGAUGACUACAUGCCCAUGCCCAUUCAAAACGCCGAGGAGUACGAGAAGGUCGUCAACGUCAGUUGGUACACUCCGGAUCGACCUGUCGACCAGAUGGCAUUUCCAACGGUCUUUCCCUUCUCACAAAUGUAUCCAUUGUGUUGUAUCGACAUUCGCAACUUCCUCAACCAAUUCUACUUCUUCUCCGACAACGAGGCCCCCACGCCAAAUCCUCUUUCGUCUGUCAUUGACAGCCGCCUUCGGACUUCGCUGGACGAUCUUCUCACUACGAAGGUUUGCGCGUCUUUGGUCAGCAAGCUAUCAUCGCAGUAUCUCGGGCAGGUCGUACAGAUCCUCAUCAAUUUGACGCACUUCUCAACAGCUUGUUCAGAGCUCGAAACACUGCUAUGCACCAUUCCCACUCAGCCCACCACUGCCAACACGAGCCUCGUCCUCAGUGCCACAGCACAAUUUCAAACGCACCAGAAAACAGCAGAAAAUCGUAUAUUUGAGCUGGUCAAUUUGAAGGUCACGGACCUCAUUGAUACCGCAGACUACGACUAUAUGAUGCGGCAAGCACCAUCAGAGCCAAGUUCAUACAUCCUGACGCUCACGAACUAUCUGUCCAAUAUCCUCACAACAGUGCUCAUAUCCUUGCCGACAGAGCUAAAAGAUCUUAUGCUGUUCAACGCAAUCUCUCAUACCGCAUCGCAGAUUCUAGCGCAGCCACUGUCACCAGACGUAACCAAAAUCAGUCCGCAUGCUGUCAAGCAAAUGUCCAUAGAUGUCCAGCACUUCGCCGACUAUGUUCGCACUCUUCCCAACAACCUCAUCCUGCUCGAAUCGCUCGACGAGCUUAGCCAAACGAUUGCGCUUAUGUCCACGGACCAGCCGGAAGAAUUUUAUGAUAACAGUCUUCGCAACAAGAAGUAUGGCUCGGUCGACCCGCUGAAGGGUCCGCAGCUUUUGGAGAAAUUGGUGCCGAUGAGCGAGGUCAGUCCUCUGAGCAGGGAGUCGGGCGGGUUAUCGGGCGGCGGUCGUAUGGCAGCUUUUCAGCAGAGGUUCAUGCAGAGCGGGCGGUAG